AUUCUACAAAUAAAUAAAAAUAAAGGUCUUUUAGGUGCCUUCUUGUUGGCUUCACCACUACAAUGGAUUCUCUGGAUUGUGUGUGUCUCUUUCUCAUAUAUAUUGUUUCUCUCUCAAGUGGGUAUUGAAUGAUUCAACCUUUGAACUCCUACAAUUAGCUGACCAAGUUUCUGUCUAUUUGUAAAUCUAUCACACCUUUUCUGAAGAAAAGAAUCAGCUUUUAUAUCCAAAAUCUGAUCCCCUUUCUGUUCCCACUCCCUAUUUGUGUCCUUGCGACACAUCCACCAUAUAUUUUCUCUGUAUCUCAAUCUGGGUUUCAUCAUUUAUCUAUUUCUGAUUCAUGUUUUGAUCCAAAAUCUUAUGUUUUUUACAAUUUUUUUCUGAAUCUUUAUCUGGGUUUUGGGUUUUUUUAAUUUAUUUCUUCUUCUUUUGAUUGCUGAAGAGUCAACUGCCAUAUCAUCUAUAUAUUCUUGUUAGUGUAUUCUCCUGAUUGGGGUUUUCUCUCAAAAAGUUGUGGAUUUGGCGACAAAGAAAGAAAAGAAGAAAAAUGGGUACUUGUUGUAGCAAAGGCAAAACUGCAAGUAGAUCAGUUGGUGGUGGUGGUGGUGGUGUUGGGAUGCAAUACCAAAAAACCCAAGAACCUGCAAUUCAUUAUAGCAAAUCUCCUGCUCCACAACCCCACCAAUUACCAGAAAGGCGCGCAACUGGCGCGCAGCAGGCGGCCAAAUUGCCGGUAAAACCGGUCCCGAGUCCCAAACCAGUUCACAGGCCAGAUACAAUAUUGGGGAAAGCAUAUGAAGAUGUUAAGUCACACUAUACAAUUGGAAAAGAAUUGGGUAGAGGUCAAUUUGGGGUCACAUAUCUUUGUACUGAGAGUAGAGGUCAAUUUGGGGUCACAUAUCUUUGUACUGAGAAUUCGACUGGUAAGCAAUAUGCUUGCAAGUCUAUAUCUAAGAGAAAACUUGUGAGCAAGAAUGAUAAGGAGGACAUAAAGAGAGAGAUUCAGAUUAUGCAGCAUAUGAGUGGGCAGGCCAAUAUUGUUGAAUUUAAGGGUGCUUAUGAGGAUAGAGAAUCGGUGAAUGUAGUGAUGGAGCUAUGUGCCGGAGGAGAGCUCUUCGAUCGGAUUAUUGCUAAGGGGCAUUAUAGUGAGAGGGCUGCAGCUUCAAUAUGCAGAGCAAUUGUGAAUGUCGUGCACAUUUGCCAUUUUAUGGGUGUGAUGCAUAGGGACCUCAAGCCCGAGAACUUUUUGUUAUCUGACAGAAGUGAGAAUGCUCUUUUGAAGGCCGCGGAUUUUGGGUUAUCGGUGUUCAUUGAAGAAGGAAAGGUGUAUCGUGAUAUAGUUGGGAGUGCUUAUUAUGUUGCUCCUGAAGUGUUGCGGCGUAGAUAUGGAAAGGAGAUAGAUAUUUGGAGUGCUGGAGUUAUAUUGUAUAUCUUACUAUGUGGUGUACCUCCUUUCUGGGCUGAAACAGAGAAAGGAAUAUUUGAUUCCAUAUUGAAGGGGGAAAUUGACUUUGAAAGUCAACCUUGGCCAUCUAUAUCAAGUAGUGCUAAAGACUUAGUUCAGAGGAUGCUGACACAAGACCCCAAAAAACGAAUUACUUCUGCUCAAGUUCUUGAGCACCCAUGGAUUAGAGAUGGAAAGGCAUCAGACAAGCCAAUAGACAGUGCAGUCCUCUCUAGGAUGAAGCAAUUCCGAGCGAUGAACAAACUCAAGAAACUUGCUCUUAAGGUUAUUGCGGAAAGUCUCUCUGAUGAAGAAAUUCAAGGACUAAAAGCAAUGUUUACAAACAUGGACACUGACAACAGUGGAACAAUCACCUAUGAGGAGCUUAAGACAGGAUUGGCUCGACUUGGGUCGAAGCUCACAGAGGCUGAAGUAAAGCAACUCAUGGAAGCAGCUGACGUGGAUGGAAAUGGAACAAUUGACUACAUUGAGUUCAUCACUGCUACAAUGCAUAGACACAAACUAGAAAGAGAUGAGGACCUUUACAAAGCCUUUCAGUAUUUUGACAAGGAUAACAGUGGGUAUAUCACAAUGGAUGAGUUAGAAAAUUCUAUGAAAGACUAUGGAAUGGGUGAUGAAGCUACCAUCAAGGAUAUAAUAUCAGAAGUAGACACAGAUAAUGAUGGGAGAAUCAACUAUGAAGAGUUCUGUGCAAUGAUGAGAAGCGGAACCACACAGCCAGGCAAGCUUUUCUAGUACUACAGUUGACAUUAGUGUUGUAUUUGUGAAACUCCAGGAGAUUUUUUUAUGUUUCUCGAAGGAAGCCCAAAAGCUUGAGCCUGUCUCAUGAAGCAAUCUUUUUUUUCCAACAAUUGUAUAAUCAACAACUCAGAUCUGAGUGCUUGCCCUUGGAAGCUUUGAGGCUGUUAGUUUGGAUUGUUAAUAAGUAAGAUUGCCAGACUUAUGCAGAACUAAUGAACUAAUGCCAUAUUAAUUUGUUGUCCUCUC